GCUAUUCACAGUCGUCGACCGAGACCAGCUCAACAGGCGAGAGACUCGGACGAGCCGCAACUUUUGCAACGACACAAGCACUGCCCGUCGUGCGAGCGAUCAGUGGCGCUACCAAAACAUCAAAGAACUAGGCAGCCGGCCUCGCUGUCUCACGCCACCGAACCCUCCUCCCGCCACUGCAAAGAUGGACGGCAAGUCUGCCGCGAAGCCCUCGCCAGCCCCCGCGGGGGAAGCACGUGCAACAUUCAUCGCGGUCCUGAUUGCGGGGCAUUUCAUAGCCUCACUCAUCUUUGUCCCGGAUUCUUGGGAGUCCCUGAUGCGUGUUUCGAAGCCCAAGGCUCUGGGCGACCCGUCCAAUCUGAUCUUAUGGGGAUAUCUCUAUCUUUUCAACAUGGUCCUGAUUAUGGUACUCGAACGUACCAGACCCUUGGAUGCCACAAUGGCCGUAUGCGUCACAAUGGGCUUGACUGGAGCCUGCCUCUCAUCUUGGGCACUGCUCUUGAACUAUUCGCGCAGUGUGGCGCUCACCUGGAUCAGCCCCAUUGGUUGGAUGCCCUAUCUGCUCCAACACAGCCUCCGUCGUUGGCGCAAUAUUAUGAACAAGCCAAAGCCAACCAGAGGGCAUCAGAGCGACAGAGGGACUUCUUAUUCCCCCCCAAACAUGGUCAUCGACGAGGACGGCCGAGAGACCAGGUCAAGCAACAAUGGACAGGACACGACACUAGUGAUUUCGCCUCCCAUAUCCGAGGGUGUCCAGUCAGACACGGCAGCAUCCAGCAUGGAGCCACCCAAGACUCAACCUUCACGCCACGAACAAGUCCGCCAGUUCGUGAUCAAAUUGCUUCCGUACCUCGGAAUACACUUCCUCGCCUUCCUUUUCAACAUCACAAGCUUGAUGUUGCACAAGCCAAAAACACCCUCUCAGAAACGCGAGGACAGCCAGGAUUACUCUUUGGCUCUCUUUAUCACUCUUUGGUUGGAGCUGGUGACCGGACAUGACUUAUACGUUGGUCUGCGGCGAUUUGACAGCCGCUUCAAGGCGUGUACCGACUUCGGCGUCAAUGGCGGGUGGGUCGCCACAGCCUUCAAGUUCAUGAUAUGCGGCGAGCUUUUGCCGUCUUUCAGUUGGUUCUUGCCCGCCUUCUGGGUGUUCUUCUCCGUCGAGUUUCGGUUCGGCGUGAAUGAAAGGGUUGUAAACUGGCUCGCAGGUGUUUUGGAUAGGUAAACAGCCUUUGCCUCAGAAUCACUGAAGCGGUCUUCGAGUACAAAUUUAGGCUGCACCUAGCAGUUGCGAGUAUCAAACGUUCCGAGGAUACGACUGCGCGACAAGUGAAUGGGUACACAGAAGAUAUCUUACGGCUACUGAUACUUUGGGGAACUAUGGCGGCCCGUGGAAAAGACCGGUCUUUGGUACCGACCCUAUCAAGCCAUUUAGACCAUUCACAGGCCUGAUGGGGUAGGCAUCUGUACCAUUAGAAAUGAAACCACGGGCUCCUGUCUCCGCCCUUUCACCCCAUGAAUCAAUGUGCCCCCUUCGGCUGCCUGCUUGUAACCCUCCUGACUUCUGGGCCUAGGGGCCUCUCACAGAAGGUAGAAAGACGAUACAGUAGAGAGAACACGUCCGCUGCGCGAGAUAGCCCUAUAAGUCUCACUGUUACAGGCUCAGAGAUUUUCCGAGGA